CCAUGGCAAGAGAAAAUAUGGGACUCCCGGCCCUUAUUGUUGCUGUUGUCCUCCUGCUUCAUCAAAGUUGCAGUACUAGUGCUAAGCCUGAUCAUCACUGUCCUGCUUCUUCCUGCGGCAGUAUCCGUAACAUAAGCUAUCCGUUUCGAUUAACCAGCGAUCCAAAAAAGUGUGGCGAUCAAAGGUAUGCUCUCUCAUGCGAGAACAACCAAACAGUGUUGUACUUAUACCAUGGAAGAUACUACGUACGACAGAUCGAUUACUCCAACCACACAAUCCGAGUUGUGGACCCAGGUGUUGUAAAGGAUAAUCAUCCAUUCAUCCUCCCUCGUUAUCUUCUAGACUCCAAUAAUUUCAGUUCAAGUGAUUCAUAUUACUAUCCUACCUCAAGUACGAAAGUGGUGUUCAUCAACUGUGAAAAGCCAGUGAAUUCUUCGUAUCAUUUUAACAUUUCUGCUUGCGUUAAGGAUGAUGAGGAUGAUAGAAUGUAUUCUGGAUCCAAGAGGUAUAGAUAUGCUGUAUUCACGGAGAGUGCAGUGGAUUUGGGGGACUUGUGCCAAGUAGACCAAAUAUCUCUCCCAUCAUCGUCGUACUUGUAUGGUGAUCAAGACUUAAGAAAUAUUUCCUGUACAGAAUUAGUAUGGGAUUUUGAGCUUUACUGGGUUGAAUAUCGUGAUGGCAGACUGGCGAAGAUAUACUCAAGUAAGAUUUCUAUCUCAACGACUAAAGGAUAUAGAUACAAAAGUAAGGUUUAA